GAGACAAGCAGACCUGCGAUUUCAUGCCCUCUUGGCUGCAGAACUCAGAGAAGCGCAAUGUCAGCGCAACUGUGAAGAGACAGGUCCAAACAGCGCUGGAGCUGCACGACGCCAAUGUGAACGAGCGCAGACAAAGACUGAGGCAGCUGCUGGAGGCUGAGGAGCGGCAGCUCUUUCAGGAGAUCGAGCAGAAUAAGAAGGAGACAGAGAUGGAGAGGAAAACCUGGAUGAAGGAGAGAGUCCGAAUUCUGAGGGAGAGGAAGGAAAAUGAUCGGCAGAAACUGGUGUCAAACAAAAUGGAUCAGCUGUUCAGGCAGCAGUGUGAGGAAUUGCGCAGCAUCCAGAGUGCGAUGACGGUGAAACAGGUGUGUCAAGAGCGAGCUGCUCAACUCAGGAGCCAAGAGGAGGAGCAGCAGCGACAGCAGCAGGAGGAGAAGCUCUUCCACGAGCUCUGGGAGGCCGACCGCAGGGCCAAAGACGAACACGAGAGUGCCCUCCUGCAGAGGCGGCGGCGGAGAGAUCUGGAGCAGCUGAGUGUUCUCAGGAGUCAGAUGGAAGAGGCCGAGCAGAGGAGGCAACAGGAGAAGGAGCUGAAGAGGGAGGAGGCACAGCUGCGGCUGCAGAAGAGCCAGACUGAACUGCUGCAGGGACAGCGGGAGAAGCAGCGGAAGCUGCAGGAGCAGGAAAGCCGCCGACACGAGCUGGAUCAAGACCUGCGACUGAAGAUGACGCGGCUGGCCCAAGAGCAGCAGAAGGAGAUGGAGCUGGACAUGAGCUGCCUGGAACAGCUGCUGCAACAGGGAGCCAAAGAGAGCCAGGAGGCCGUGGACACAAAGGCAAUACUGCGGGAGGACCAGGCGAGGUACCGGCGGUAUCUGUCCGAGCAGCUGCAGAGGAAGAGACGUGAAGAGGAGGAGGCUGAGCAGCUGGUAGAGGAGAAACUGAACGAGAUAUGGAUGAAACGAAAAGAGCAGAGCCGGCUGCAAAGAGAGGCCCAAAGACGCAUGAUGGACGAAGUGAUGGAGUCCCGCCGCCUGCAGAUCCAGCACAAACUGAAUGAAAAUUUGCAGAAACAAGCAGAGCUGCAGAAAGAGAGCGAGAAGCUGAGCAGGACAAUGGAGGAGGAAAAUAUGAAGGAAAAGGAGAAGAGAACUCGGCAGCGGCAGACGGCGGUGGCACAUCAAGCCGACCUGCGGGCUCAGAGUAAGCAGCAGCAGCAGCUUCGUGACGAGCAAAGAGCUCGAGAUCUGCAGGAGCCUCCACAGGGACUCUUCAUGCAGCAGCUCUACAUCCACAAGAAGGAGCAGAUCCUGUCCACACUUGAGUCCAGCUCCGACCAGGUUCACCCGUUCAGGAGGCCCAGGCCUGUGGUCACAGAGUGAGAGGCCUCCAGAAAACUCCUGCUGGAUACUCUAAACUCAAAAACCACCAGUCCGGCUGAUUUCAGGUCCUACAAGCAGCAGGUUCACAGAUGUCAAGUUUGAUAUGAAGUCUGUAAAUUUGGGAAAGACAAUGAAUAAAUAUAAAAUACCAAGUUAAAAACCACAAUUUUCUUACGAUUUAUGAUUUCUGUGUUUCAAUU